AUGAUGAUGUUUGGAGUCUGCGAGAAGAAACACGUCAAAUGUCUGGACCUAGUGGAGAUAGCAGAUGAAGAAGAUGAGGAUGAUGACGAAGAUGAUGAACGUGAACGGGAUGAGGAAGAAGACGAGGAGGAAGAUGAUGACGAUGAUGACCUUGAAUGUUACAAGAGCCGAAAGAUGAUUUUGCAAUUAACUUUACCUUUGCACUUCCUUGAACACGAGCCCGACCUAGAAUUGGAUCUUGAAGAGCUUGAAGAUCUGGAUCUGGAGCAAGAUGAGUCUGAAGCAUCUGAUCGAGCCCUUCUUGAACAGCUGCUAGACGAUCCAGAUGAGUCUGUAGUGAGAGAGGAAGGCACAUCCUCUAUUAUGACGUGUUAA